AUGAGCCUUGAUCCAAGCUCGUUUCCGAGGUCGAACUCCCCCGCCAGCUCCGAGAGCUCUCUGACGCGGUCCCGCCUACGAGGGAAAGAAGAGCCGCUACGGAAGGAUAAAAAUUAUCGUCGCUAUGCGUCGAGCGUCGAACGAUCCCUGUCGUUGUUUGAUACAGCCUUGCAGGAAUGGGCGGAUUACAUCUCGUUUCUCAGUCGACUAUUGAAGACUCUCCAAUCCCACCCUCCUGAUUUACCUAUAGUUCCUCACAAGGUUCUUGUUGCGAAACGACUGGCUCAAUGUAUGAAGCCGUCAUUACCAUCUGGUGUCCACCAGAAGGCACUUGAAGUUUAUACAUACAUAUUUGGUCUGAUAAAGUCCGAAGGACUGUCGCAAGAUUUACCUCUAUACCUACCCGGCAUUGCCCCUACUCUGACAUUCGCCUCCCUUACAGUGCGGCCGUUGUUCUUGUCCCUGGUAGAGACAUAUAUCUGUAGCCUGGAGCCAUGGGCCAUCCGUCCUGCCUUGAAGGCGAUCAUCUUGGCCCUUCUACCGGGUCUGGAAGAGGAGACGAGUGAUGACUUCGAGCCCACGCUCCGACUGGUCAACAAAUUCCGCGAAAUCGCUAGUCAAAUGGACACUCACAAGACUGACAUGGAAACAAGCUCAAGUGGCCAAUACUUUUGGCAAUGUUUGUUCCUUGCGUCGAUCACUAGUCCCAGCAGGCGUUCGGGCGUUUUGGCUUACUUGAAUCGCUAUCUCCCAAAGUUAGGCAUUACAGACCGUAGACCCAAUAAUAAUGAGGCUAGCGACACCUACUAUCUGCCACAGGAUGUACUAGUGGCAGCUGAUUCCGUGGUGUCGCCUGAACCAGGAUUACUUAUCCGUUGUUUCGCAUCUGGGCUAUCUGACGACCAGGUCCUUGUCCAACGGAAUUUCCUUGACUUGCUCGUGACACACCUACCACUUAGCUCGCCAAUUCUACAGACUCGAAUCACAGAAAGUGAUCUUCAACAGCUAACCAUGGCCGCGGUUGGCGUGGUUGCUCGAAGGGACAUGAGUCUAAAUAGGAGACUAUGGGCCUGGCUCUUGGGGCCUGAACCUGCCAAUGACAGAACGUCUUUCGAAGCUCGCAACUCGAUGUCUGAAAAACCCGUGCCUGCGACCGACGGUCAAGAGAUUUCACAAUCUGAGCACUUUACUCGCUUCGGGUUGAAACCACUAGUAGGAGGUCUCCUCCAGAUGAUAGAACAUGAUACGAACGUACCUUCGGAGAAAACAAGGCCCUUCCGGAUAUCCCUUUCCUUGAUGGACCGAUGGGAAGUUGGUGGAUGCAUUGUGUCUGCAGUAUUUCUCCCAAUCAUCCGAAGCGUUCAAGCUUUCGAAUCGGUAUCUUCAAAGAACCAAUUUGACGAGGUCUUCCGCAGCGCCAGUGCUUUCUUCGAUGGAGUCGAAAGCGGUAUUAUUUUCUCCAACCUUUUGCACUUGAUAGACUGGAAACCAGGUGAACUGCUUCAGAAGUAUGAGCGGGUCUUGAACAACCUGAAGCUUACUCAUUUCAUCUUGGAGAACUUCAAUGUACGGGAAGAAGACAUGGUACUUACUCAUGUUCCACUCCUGACACUUUCGGCCCUUAUCAAAAUGCGCGAACUAUCACAGGAGGGCUGGUCCGCCAUGGCAGACGACCAGUUGCAAUCUUUGUCCAGCAGUCUGUUGAAGGUCAUGACCUCUCUGACAGGACUACUUACAGAAAGGGCCUUCGCAAAGAAGUCUGCACCCGAGAAGGGAAUGGAUAAAACAUCCGCCUCCCACCUCGACGACACCGAGAUCCUUGACAAGAUUCACGAAUUUUAUAAUAAAAGCAAAGGUAGCCUCGACCUACCACCACUACCUUUCGUCCCCAGGGUCGUUGGAGGGCUUAUCAUCGGGAAGGCCCAUGAACUCGCCAUAUCCGCUUUGGAUAGCCAGAACGUCACGACGUCAAUUCAUGAAAAAGUCAACCUUUUUAUAAUUUUGUUAAGAAAACUACCAAAAUCUCGCAUAUUGCGCGAUAGGCGCUUUUACCUGGCAAUUUGCAACCGAACUAAACUCGACCAAGCCGAACCGUCUACUACGUCCUUCUCAUCUACCUCCACAAUUGCAUCUGCAGUAACAAGCCUAUAUUCUAUACAUAACCCUGGCUUCUAUAUCAGCUACGAAGACCUCACUGAUUUGAUCCCGUUACUUGUGAAGCAACUUUGGCAAUUCCUUUCACCGUUAAAUCCGAAAUACCAUGUUGAGGCAGUGCGUAGUUUGUGGCAUCUGCACUCAGUCACUUGGCCUGAUCAUGUAGUCGAGGCUGCUAUAACGUCUCUGAUGAUCGACACAUCGUCAGUCAGAUCCCGCCACCUAUCGUCAGAAGAGCAGAUCGGGAGGUAUUUUGUUCUAUGGAAUCACAGCAACCAUGGCACAUAUGAUCUUCCACCGAAGCAAAGGAGCGAUUUGACGCUGCCACUCAUAUCAUAUCAGUCUUCAAUGCUGGAGCGUCCUCUUUUCAUUGUCUUGGAUUUGCUAUCUCAGGGCCCAAGCGAGGCUUCUCACUUGGUGCAACAGUGGCUUCAAGAUUUGUCGUCGAUACAUAAAGUUUUCCUCAUAUUGGUUUCGAGGCUUGAACAUCUACUCGUGCCGGCAGACUCCUCUGAUACUAACUUGGAGAACUUUACCAUAUCUCCCGAUGACUAUAAAGAAGGCAACUAUCUGCUAGACACGAUUUAUAACACACUACGUGCAAUUUCUCACAAUGGCUGGGCUGCUCUUUUGACCCAUACGCUGUCACACAUUGAAAUGCGCAAGGGCUCUUCUGCCUCGGAGGAUGGGGCCGAAGCUGAAAGUCUGCACUUCACUAUCUUUGAAGAUGCCUUGAAGGUAAUUAGAGGGGAAAAGAUGGAUGCCGAUAAACCAGGCCCCGAAAAGAUCAAAUUGCAGCAAACUGCCCUUCUAGUAGUGCGCCAGCUUCUGCUAGGUCCUGGAGCGGAAAGAAUUGCUGAUUCAGGGAUUGACACUUAUCUUGUUGAUCGGCUUUUACUCGUGCUUGAUGAAGGAGGCAGCAUCGCUAUACAAGGAGCACUCAUUGACACGCUUCUUGCUACACUAAAAGUCCGCUUUGCUCAGGCAUACCUACCUCCACCUCAUCCAAGGCAAAAGCAUCAAAGGGCUAGUUCCCGAGAACGCUUGACUAGUCCGUCGAUUUUGUCUUUUACGAGUGACAAAGCCGACAAGUCGCCUGUGCUACCGGCUUUGCCCCAACCCCCUCAGCGCCUUCUUGAUUGCCUUCUCAAGGGCAUCAGCUCACCCAACUCUAGGGAAAUUGUGGAGAGAUGGGCCAUGUUGCUCUGCGAGGUUCUCCCAUUGUACACAGGAUCUAUUUUUCAAAUCCUCCUUAUGUUAGUGGAAUGCUUCUGCAAGGAGAUCCAACUCUCCUAUGCCAGCCUUCAACUUGCCUUCAAACAGACGAUAAAGUGGCGUGAGGAUUGCUCAGAACAUGCCACCAUUGCUUUGCUUGCUGGGCUGGAGACUUGCAUUGCCACAGCUCAUGAGCGUCUUCUUCUUGAGGAAACGAAUGCGCCGGCUGCCAAAAGCCCCGACCAGACUCCUGGGUUCUUUGGGACCAUGGUAUCAGGUGUUUUUUCGUCGGACCCUAAUCAUACACGGUCCUCGGCGGCAAACAAUAGACUUACCGUAUUGCUGUGCUUUCAAGAUGCCGUGCGCUUGUGCUUUUCGAUCUGGUCCUGGGGGGCAGUGGAAAGAAGCACUUUACCCCAAGAUGCAGAAUCGCUUGCGUCUUUCCAGUAUACAUCAUUGCGCAUGAGGAACCGGUCUCGGCGAAUCCUUGAGCAUCUCUUCACUGCUGAGGCUCUGGAAUGCCUGGAGACAUUGGUGGAAAUGUGGACAAAGUCCGAUCCUGAUACUUCGUCCCUCAUCUUCAGCCUUGUUCAUACUCUUGAUGGGUCUCGACCUAAAAUCACGAUACCGGCGGUCUUUAACGCAAUAUAUACCCGAACUAACCCUUCAGCGCUGGACCCCAGCCGUAAAUCUACCUUAUCCUCUUCUCUUACCGAGUCCGAGUUGGCAUGUUUCCUUGUGACUUACGCCCGGUCCCUUGAUGACGACGUAUUGGACGAAAUUUGGGCUGACUGCACUACUUUCUUACGCGACGUGCUCAGCAAUCCCUUUCCACAUAGACAAAUUCUCCCACGCUUGGUAGAGUUUGCCGCCAUCCUUGGAGCCAAAUUGGAUAAUACAAGCUUUGGUGAUGACCGGCGGAUGCGAAGGGAGCUUGGAGACGUUCUACUGCGUUUGCUGACGGCUAUUUUCACGAUCAAACCCAUGGGACUAUCUCAGGAAUCUGGCGUCAUGGGCCGGGCAUCUGUGGAUCAGGAUCAUUCGUCUAUCCUUCAUGUUGGACCGGAUGAUAUGCUGAGCAUUCUUUCCCUCUCUAUGCCUGCGUUCACCACAACUUUGGGUGACUCGGACCGCAUUAACUCAGCGGUGUCCGGCAUAUCGACCAAUGUGAUUGGUCCACUUUUGCGGUCGCGGCUUUUCCCAAACAACGUCAACUGCAGUUUCAUGGCACUCCUGCAGCAUAUAGCGAAGGCUCCUACUGCGGCGAAGGUUUGGAAGAAGGACAUCUCGGAUGCUUUCAACGACCCUCGAUUCUUUGGCUCUCAGGUUAACGUAGUAAAAGACGGCUGGAUGGACCUAUUACGCCAAUGGGUCAUCGCUGAUAAGGAUCGACUAUCUGAAUUGAUGUCACGUCUCCCUCCGCCAAGUACUGCAGGAAUCAUGUUUGGUGUAGGAGCAUCUGCUGCGCGGUUGGAUGCUGAUCGGAAAGCGCAGUUAAACCUCCGAAGGAUUGCCCUCCUUAUAUUGUCUGCAAAUAAUGACUAUUUCGUUGGUGAACUACCGGGACUUCUGCAAAAGUUGGAAGACCUACUUGGGGCCACUAGCUCGUCCUCGCCAUCGGCCAAUACACGGGCUGAGAUAUUCAUGGUCCUUCGAGCACUCACUCUUAAGACCUCAACCAAUACGUUGGCCCCGUUUUGGCCGAUUAUUAACACUGAGCUACAGGAAGCCAUGGCGGCCAUACCUCUCGGGUCCCAGCAAGAGGUAUAUAACCCAUACUCACUGUUACAAGCGUGCAAGCUUCUGGAUACGCUGCUCGUUCUCGCGCCCGAUGACUUCCAGCUCCUCGAAUGGCUCUACGUCACCGACACAAUUGACGCCAUCUACCCCCCUGAACGAUGGGAGUCGAUGGCGCUUGCCGAUGAGGUCUCCCAAAGCUUGGGAGUACGAGGGGCCACGUCCCCUCACACACCAACGCAUCCGGCCGAGGUCGACGAUGGCAUGAAACGUCCGGGUCUUACGGCGGAUUGGAUCCGCGAGACGGCCAAAGACGAGAUUAUCGAGCGGGUGCUCCGGCCAUGGUUUGGACAGCUUAGUAUUCAUGCCUUUGAGAGCACGUAUCGUAUGGGAAGCCCGAGUUCGGAAGUAUGUCAAGAUGAUCUGCUGGCGGACCUAUUUAAUGAAAUUCCAUGGAAACCCCGUGACGAUUGGCCGGAUCGACCCGAGGGCGCUUCGCCUCAAACGGGAAACGUCAACGUCACGGCCCUUUCGCCAUCGCCAACUUCCUCGUAUUCUCCAAUCGUGACUCAUCAAUCUCUGUUGACUAUGUAUGUCUGGAAGACAGCUCUGCCUACAUUGCGUUCCGCCGCAAUGACGCGCGGGUUUGUUUCCACGCGGAGCUUCGCAACCUCCCCGUCCAUGAGGAACUUCACAAGCUCGUCACUACCUGCCAAAAAGCCCAUAGGGGCAUUUCGUGGAGGGUAG